AAAGGUAUGUGAGUGCGUUUAAUUUUUUUCAGCUUCAACAUGUUUGUCGUGAAGCAAAUAGUGUGGCGAAUAGACUAGCCCACUUUGCUAGAUGCAAUAGCUAUGAUGAUUUUAGUUUAGAUGAGACACCUGCUAUUAUUCAGGAUGUUCUCUAUGAGGAUCUUUGUAAUAGUUCUUUGGUACAUCAGGGUUCAGGUUAUAUGUCCCCCUCGAUGGAAAAUUUUAUUUCAAUAAAUGAAACCGGGCGUGAGGCUGAGCCUCCCAGCUAGGCUGGGUUUCAAACCCCUUUUCAAAAAAAAAAAUUAACCAGAAACGCAACAGUUGAUACUUUCCGGUAGCCACCUACCCACCACUUGCUCUGAGCUCAAUUCCCAAUACCCAUGGCCCUAAUCUCCACACAAACCCUAACCCUAAAAUCCUUUCCUACCCUUUCUCAUCCAUCUAUCUUUCCUACUCCCCAAUCUCUCUCACUCUCACCUCCCAAUCAUCACUCCCUAUCCCUCUCCACCCCAAAUUCAACACCACGGUUCAGCGCCAGACGACAUGUCGUCUCCAGAGCCACCGCGACCUCGGCCUCAGAUUUCAGCCCCGACAUAGGCGAGAUCCUCGGUGACGUCAGCAUUUACACCGCUGCUGGCGACUCCGUCCAGUUCAAGGACCUUUGGGACCAGAAUGAGGGGGUGGCUGUUGUUGCACUAUUGAGGCACUUUGGAUGCCCUUGCUGUUGGGAACUUGCUUCAGCUCUAAAAGAAUCAAAAGAAAGAUUUGACUCUGCUGGUGUGAAACUAAUUGCUGUUGGUGUCGGUAGUCCUGAUAAAGCGCGUAUCCUUGCAGAACGGUUACCAUUUCCCAUGGAUUCCCUCUAUGCUGAUACUGAUCGUAAGGCGUAUGAUGUUUUGGGCUUAUACUAUGGAUUGGGUCGAACAUUCUUCAAUCCAGCUAGUGCAAAGGUGUUGUCAAGAUUUGAUGCCCUAAAGAAAGCUGUCAAAAACUAUACCAUUGAAGCCACUCCAGAUGAUAGAAGUAGUGUGUUACAACAGGGAGGGAUGUUUGUCUUCAAAGGUAAGCAGCUAUUGUAUGCUCGGAAAGAUGAAGGAACAGGUGAUCAUGCCCCUUUGGAUGAUAUCUUAAAUGUUUGCUGCAAAGUUCCUGUCUCUUGAAACUGUAUCAUCUACAGAUUCCCUCAGUCAUGGGGCAUGUUUGGCCCUGUCUUUCAUUAGCAGUUGUAGAAAAUUACAUACAGUCAAUACAUACAGAUAUUGGAUAUAUGGCAUUGUAUAGGUAGGAAUUCAUACGGUAUGAAGUAUAUGGCAUUGUAUGUGUUUUAUACACGUUUGAGCAAAUGAUAGAAGUAAUGUAAGACAGCUGAGUUUGCACUUUGCUCAUUUCUUUUCUAG